AUGGCGUCACAUAAGGUAUUGUGGAGUAAAGUAAAGUGCGGUUGGCAUAGUAAGUUUGCCAUAGUGUUUUUGAUAGUAGUGUGGUGGUCUUUGGUCUUGUUUUGGGGUUUCUGUGCUGAUGUUGUUUUCUUUCCUCCGGCAGAGUUCAUCGAAGGAGUUUCCCAGUUCAGCGUCAAAGGCGACAAGGAGCAGAAGCUGCGCUUUGCCUUCAGGAUCUACGACAUGGACAAAGACGGCUACAUAUCCAACGGGGAGCUGUUCCAGGUCCUCAAGAUGAUGGUGGGCAACAACCUGAAGGACACCCAGCUCCAGCAGAUUGUCGACAAGACCAUCAUCAACGCAGACAAGGACGGGGACGGCAGGAUAUCCUUCGAGGAGUUCUGUGCGGUCGUCGGUGGGUUAGACAUUCACAUGGGGGGGGGG